AUGAAGCGCGACGAGGCGGAGGACGACGACGGAGAGCUCGGGCGCGCCGCGCGCCGGGCUCGGACGGAACCCGACGGCAGGCUCGCCGCGGCGGUGGAGCUCGCCAUCGACACCGACGACGACGUCGACGCCACGGAGACGGAGGGCGCGACCGACGCGGACGCGGCGGACGGGGCGGACGCGGAGAGGGACGAUGACAACGGACGCGUGGUCCCCCAGGAGGCGCUCAUCCGCCGACGGAUCCGCCGCAUGAAGGAGCUCAAGCGGCUCUACCAGGAUCAGUACUGGCGCCUCCUGGAGGAUCUGAGGCGGAGGCACUACCGAUUCCAUCUCAGGAACGGGCACGGCGGGCGGAAGGACGAGGCCGCGGCCGCCGCGCAGGAACGCGAGAAAGCCGGCGUCGCGGCGCAGUGCGCGUGCGACGAUUGCGACGCCAAACCCGUGCCGUUGAGCUCGUACUGCUUCGCCCACAUACUCAUGGACGAGAAGCAGGUGCUCUACGCGGCGCCCAAACCCGAGGGAGACGCGAAGGACGCAAAGGACGGGGGCGGGGACGAAAAGUCGGCACCCGGGGACGGCGCGGGGAAGGGAGAGGCGAAGAAGGCGAGGGAGGAGGAGGACGCGCCCCCGGCGGUGCUCGCCACGUGA